AUGGCUCCUAUGCGUUUGAAAGAAUAUGGCGACGCCCAACUAGAGACAGGACUACUGAGGACACACGAACAGGAGAAGAUUCCAUUCAUCCCAACUGGACUCGAACAGUCUCGGACCGGACCAACAUAUUGUCAACCGGAACCCAACGAGUCCCGAAAGAUGUCCUCACAUAGGCGGAUGGUUAUCAUCGUGAUGCUGAGCGUGCUCCUUGGAUUUGGGGUAGCUCUGGCUAAAGACCCCUCCUUUCCUUCAUCUUGUAUGGGAUGGACCCGUGCCAACGAGAAUAUUCACACGAAAGCCGCUCGUUCCUUCCUGGAAAAGCGUGCUGAUGCUUCUGUCACCAAUGCGACUACACCUGGAGCACCGACGGAGAAGAGCGAAUCUGGCACUGGACAAGAACAGCCGACGACACCCACCACAUCUGCAACCCCAAUUUCUUCUAGCCACGAAUCUACGACACCCGCCCCUUCGUCGACCAUUAGUCACUCCUCCAUCCCGUCUCCUACCAGCACUCCCGAUACAUCAACUCCUUCUCCAUCCAUAACAUCACCGGCCAGUCCGACAAGCUCUACUUUCCCGAGUCCAACUCCCGCAAGCACUUCAACUACCUCCCAAGCGCCUGAAUCCACUCCCUCCGAAGCAUCAUCUUCGGAAACUGCCUCUACUUCGAGCAAGAUCCAGAAGACUAUCACGACUGGCCGAGUCGCCACAACCAGCCCUGUACGACAAACCUAUACUACUACCUUACCCGACGGUGGUGCUCUCACCGUAACAUCUACUUCUUGGGUGGCCAUUGUGCCUACGGAUAAGUCUACUUCCAACGGCGGGCCCCAGUUGCAGAAUCAUGCGCCCAAAGCUCAUGGUCAUUUCACCCCCGUCAUUGCUGCUGGGGCGCUCGCAGUUGGCAUGUUACUGAUUUAA